UUUUUUUUUUUUGGACUGGGACUUUCCACAAGUGGCAACUGAAAAAUAAGCCACAAGAAACUACCUUGACAGAUCCUAGACCUGUGGCUCAGCUGUUCACCAAAAACGUGAGGGGAUUUACGCUAGAGUUUGGGCUGUCAACAUCUUUCUGUUCACUCAGUUGCUCUCCGAGGAGUCAUGAAUGGAACUCCCUGAGGUCAGCAUUUAAUUAAUUGUCUUGGUCUGGCGGCUGUAAUAUUACCACUCCUGGAAUACAUAGCAUCGAUUCUACUAUAAAAAUUGCCUUGCGCAUGCCAGCACGCCGGACACAGUGUUGCAGCAACUGCCUUCAAUCAUUCGGAGUGCCAGGCUCAUUUCACAGUUUACUAUCUGGGUAUGCGGCGGCCAGACGCGCGGGACUUAGGGAGGACAAGAUUGGGUCCCGCCCUUGUCCAUCAUUUUGAGAGGCUCCAGGCGGGACUGUUUUGCAGUAUGAUUUGGAGGCUGGCCCCGCCUCUGGAAAGUGAGGUGGGGAGUAAAGAAUGGAUGCCUCUUUUCAUUGGAUUGUUGUCAAGUCAGUCAAACCUCUGCUUCGCUCCCGUUGGCGGGAAGGAUCCAGGCAGGUAGCGUGCACGCUGUGUUGGCCCCACUAGAGGUGGGACCAAGGCUCCCGACCACUACGACGUUUGUUGUUAGGGUUUUGGUCUCAUUAAUUAUUCAUUAAAGUAUUUGAGAGAGCUGCGACGAUUGGUAAAUGAGAGACUGGGUCUUCUGUGUCUCCGCUAGAGAUACGUGACAGUCUCGGGAGGCGGGGAAGCCGCGCAUAAAUUAUUCUAACAAGAAGGGGCGGGGCCGAGCAUAAAUUAGUUAAAUGAGCCAGGGAGGGAGGGCGGGCGGCCGGCUGCGAAUUAGCUUAAGUUCUUAAAGAUGGCGGCGGAGCGGAGUCGCUCCCCGGUCGACUCGCCGGUGCCGGCCUCGAUGUUCGCCCCCGAGCCUAGCUCUCCGGGGGCGGCUCGGGCCGCCGCGGCCGCGGCCCGACUCCAUGGCGGCUUCGAUUCUGACUGCAGCGAGGACGGCGAGGCGCUCAACGGCGAGCCGGAGCUGGACCUCACCAGCAAGAUGGGACUGAGUACGGGCUGAGUGAAGCUGACAUGGAGGCCUCCUACGCCACCGUGAAGAGCAUGGCGGAGCAGAUAGAGGCUGACGUCAUCCUCUUACGAGAACGUCAAGAAGCGGGCGGCCGUGUGCGUGAUUACCUAGUCAGGAAACGAGUUGGAGACAAUGACUUCCUGGAGGUCAGGGUGGCAGUGGUGGGCAACGUGGAUGCUGGCAAAAGCACACUCCUGGGAGUCCUAACACACGGGGAGCUGGACAAUGGCCGUGGCUUUGCCCGCCAAAAACUCUUUCGCCACAAACAUGAGAUUGAAUCUGGUCGAACCAGCAGUGUGGGCAAUGACAUUCUGGGCUUUGACAGCGAAGGCAAUGUAGUGAACAAACCCGACAGCCAUGGUGGCAGCCUCGAAUGGACAAAGAUCUGUGAGAAGUCCUCUAAAGUGAUCACCUUCAUCGACUUGGCUGGCCACGAGAAGUACCUUAAGACCACUGUUUUUGGCAUGACUGGCCACUUGCCUGACUUCUGCAUGCUCAUGGUGGGCAGCAAUGCUGGCAUUGUGGGGAUGACCAAGGAGCAUCUGGGCUUGGCAUUGGCACUCAAUGUACCUGUGUUUGUGGUUGUCACCAAGAUUGACAUGUGUCCUGCCAACAUCCUUCAAGAAACCCUGAAGCUGCUACAGCGCCUGCUGAAGUCACCAGGCUGCCGGAAGAUCCCUGUCCUGGUGCAGAGCAAAGAUGAUGUGAUUGUCACAGCCUCCAACUUCAGCUCUGAGAGGAUGUGCCCGAUAUUCCAGAUCUCCAAUGUCACAGGUGAGAACCUUGACCUGCUCAAGAUGUUCCUCAACCUCCUGUCCCCCCGCACCAGCUACCGGGAGGAGGAGCCUGCUGAGUUCCAGAUAGAUGACACCUACUCUGUCCCUGGCGUGGGGACAGUGGUGUCUGGGACCACCCUGCGGGGCCUGAUCAAACUGAACGACACACUGCUGCUGGGCCCAGACCCCUUGGGGAACUUCCUGUCCAUUGCUGUCAAGUCAAUCCAUCGCAAACGUAUGCCAGUCAAGGAGGUGCGCGGGGGCCAGACAGCCUCCUUUGCACUGAAGAAGAUAAAGCGCUCAUCCAUCCGGAAAGGCAUGGUGAUGGUUUCCCCACGCCUGAAUCCCCAGGCCUCCUGGGAGUUUGAGGCUGAGAUCCUUGUCCUCCACCACCCCACCACAAUUAGUCCACGAUACCAAGCCAUGGUACACUGUGGGAGCAUCCGGCAAACAGCUACAAUUCUGAGCAUGGAUAAAGACUGUCUGCGCACAGGAGACAAGGCCACUGUCCACUUCCGCUUCAUCAAGACCCCAGAGUAUCUGCACAUAGACCAGCGGUUGGUGUUCCGGGAAGGUCGAACCAAGGCUGUUGGCACCAUCACCAAGCUCCUCCAGACAACCAACAACUCCCCCAUGAACUCCAAGCCCCAGCAGAUUAAAAUGCAGUCCACAAAAAAGGGUCCCCUGAGCAAACGAGAGGAAGGAGGUCCAUGUGGGGUGCCGGCGGCAGGGGGACCCCCGACUGGAGAUGAAGCUUCCUCACUAGGGACUGCACAGGCUGCCUCAACCAGUGGGCUCCAGCCACAGCCCAAGCCCAGCAGUGGGGGCCGGCGACGAGGGGGCCAGCGCCACAAGGUGAAGUCGGGAGCCUGUGUGACUCCUGCCAGCGGCUGCUGAAUGUCCCCCAGGUCCACUUGACCACCCAUGGGAUCCUCAUUGCUCACUGGCCACUGCUCACCAACUGGGCAGAGAAUCUUUGACCACCACCGGCCCACUCCAGUCCACAGCCAGAGAGUCCUCGUUGCCACAGCCCGAUUUUCCAUGGGGGGUUGUAUUUAUAGGGUGAGGAGGGACUAGAUGUCCGAGGACUGACUGUCACAUGCCACCUUCCUUACUCACGGCUUUCGUACAUCUGGGCCCUUAAUUUCUAUCUUUUUAUUAUAUAUUUGUCCCAUGUGUAUGUGUGUAUCUGUGUGUCUAUGUGUGUCUGUGUGAGUGUGUGCAUGCACACGCCUAUAGCAGGUGUGUGCAGGAGUGCAGCUGACCCUGUCAGUCUCCGUUUCGGUCCUAGCUGGACACCAGCCUCCAAGAGCUGACUGCCUGCCUGUCCUUCCAUCCGUCUGUAUUUGUCUCAGUGAGAUCCUCAGAACCUUUAGGGAACCUCAGAGCCUAAGGCACCUGUCUUCCCUGGCCAAUGGCCCCUCUUAGCUAGCAGCCCUUCUUUGGGGCCGACCUCUGGGCUUAGCAGCUUCUACCAGAGCAGGGAUCCCCUAGUCUGUGAUUUGGGGAGUUUAAUGGGAAGUGGUGGUGGCCUCUCCUGUCUCCCCUUUUUCCUCCAAGCUCUUCAGUGGCACCUGUGAUGUGUGGAGGUAGUGGGGACUACAUUGUAGGACCACCUACUCUGACUCUUGACCCUUGCCAUGGAUCCAAAGAACUAGGUGGGCUCAUCUUUAGAGACAAUCCUGGGCUUGCCUGGCUGGCCCUGGCUGCUCUGGCUUCUGUGCCCGCAGGAGGCUCUUCCUGUUUCUACUUAGAUCUCUGGCUGAGCCUCAGAGUUCCGGGCUACUAGACUGGGUCUUCCUGGUUUUGUAGUACCUCCUUUGGUGGGGGCGGGGAGGUGCUCCUGAGUUCAGCCAGGACUAGAAAUGCUCCUUUCCCAAUGUCACCCAACACAACCGCUACAGCCAUGCCACAUAGCAGUGAAGGGUCUGAGCCCUGAUGCCCCAUUUGGGGUAUACAAGGGCAGGUGGCAAUGCAGACCCUUCUAGGCCAUCAAAAGCCCUGCUACUGGGUUAGGGUGCGGUGGGCUGCCCAGAGCAGUGUGGGCACAGCCCUGCACCAUCGCCUCAGGCUAGGGUGCUCCUUCUCAGCCAGGACAGAUCCUCAGCUGGCUGGAGCCCUCUACAGCCCCACCUCUUCUCCCAAGCUCUCUUUUGUCCUCUGCUCCUGACUGCUCUUCCCUCUCUCCCUGUACUUCCAGCUGUUUCUAGUUACCACUGCCCCAUGGCCAUGGACUGACGAGACCAGCAUUCACAAUAAAAGUUUGUUUUAAGUUGA